AUGGUGCCUAUUCGAUCGACGACCGUUGCCCUUUCCCCCGAUGCUAUUCAGGAGGUCAAGUAUGCAACCAAGAGUGCUGAUGAUUCUGCUCUGGAUGAGUAUGACCGGAAGGUCCAGGAGUAUUCUGCCGCUCUUGCAACGUAUACCCCUAUUCGUUCAGAUGGGGUCAUCGGCGAAGAAAAGAUUUCUGGACCAUCUGAUAUAAUCUUUCCUGAGCAACUUCAAAUUGAGACCCUCUCUUUCAAAGGAAAUCAAGUCGAGAGGGAAACACUGACUGUAGUUGAACAAAUUCCAAGCAAUGAGACUCAAGAACAUAUAUGGCGUAACUACAAGAAAGAAAUAAAAUAUCAAUGGUUUGCUUCAAAUGAAUCAGGAGCUGACCUGUCUUUUGAACCUUUGGCUACCGAGUGCUCUCGGUCAUACAGAGUACAAUUUGAGGAUAUUGGCCGAUGCCUCAAAUGUGAAUGCUUUGUUAUUGAUGUAUUUGGCCGAUCCAGUGAAUCAGUAUCAGCUGUGACCUCCCCUAUUUUACCAGGAAUACCUAAAAUUGAAAAACUGGAAAUUGAAGGAAGAGGUUUCCACACCAACUUAUAUGCUGUUCAGGGUACCUAUAGUGGAGGCAGAGAAGGCAAGAGCAAAAUUCAGUGGCUUAGGUCAAUGGUUGGAAGCCCUGAUCUUAUCUCCAUACCUGGUGAAAAUGGAAGGAUGUAUGAAGCAAAUGUUGAUGAUGUAGGGUACAGACUUGUUGCAAUUUACACACCUGUGAGAGAGGAUGGAGUUGAGGGACGACCUGUUUCUGCUUCAACAGAGCCGAUUGCUGUUGAGCCUGAAAUUUACAAGGAAGUGAAACAGAAGCUUGACGAUGGUUCUGUCAAGUUUGAGGUUUUGUGUGACAAGGACCGAACACCAAAAAAGGCGCAAGUGAUGGGACAUUUGGAGCGGAGAAUUUUGGAAGCCAACAGAAAGAGGAUCAAAGUUGUAAAGCCUGGAUCCAAGACAUCGUUUCCAACUACUGAAGCCCGAGGGACCUACACCCCUCCGUUCCAUGUUGAACUAUACCGCAAUGAUCAACACCGUUUCAAGAUUGUUGUUGACGGUGAUAAUGAAGUUGACUUGAUGGUGCAAACACGACAUAUGCGGGAUCUUGUUAUUCUGGUGAUCAGGGGCUUUGCCCAAAAGUUCAACAGCACCUCCCUUAACUCACUUCUCAGGAUAGAGGCAUGAAAGGCUAACAUUGUACACCAAUCAGGAAAGCUCUUCAAUACUGGUGUUCCGAUUGUUUGUUUGUAGUGUGCAUUUUGUAGGAUUUGUAGGGUGUCAGCUUGUGGGUAUGGAUUUGUGCCCUUUUGAAGGACCAACAAACAAGGGCUAGUUGUCCUCUUGUUUUUACAUGGUCAUGAAAUGUACAUAGGGUUUUCAGAGUGAGUGAGUGGUGUUGUAUACUCAGAUACAGCUUGGGCAUGCCAUUUUAAUGCCAGGUCAUAUCGUUGAUGAUCAA